AAAAUACUCCUCUAACUGGUGUCAAUAAUAAAUUUUCCGAAAAAAAUUACCAACAAAAUAAAUCAAAAUGUCAGUGUUUAGUGCUACAAAAACGAAUAAAUAAAAUUUUAUAAAAACAACUACAACAACAUUAAAUACACAAUUUUUUAAAUUCUUAACACAAAUCAAAUACUAUUUGAAUUUAUAGCUUAAAACUCAUUUACUUAAAACAGAUCAUAGAAAGAAAUAAAAGAAAAACGUAUAAAAAUAAUAAGAAAACAAAAAAAGUUUCUUCAAAUCACAUUCAAAAUGCAUCAUAUGUUAGAGCAUUUGUUGAGUUUUAAAAAUAUCUUUAAGAUUAACAAUAACAACAACAAUAAUACACAUACUAAUAAUACUCAUGUCGCCAACAUGUUAAGAACUAAAGCAACAAAAACAACAUAUGGAAUAAAUCCAACAGCAGCAUCAUCAUCAUCAUCAUCAGCACCCAAACAUUUUGGCUUGAUGUCAAUGCAGUUGCUGUUGGUAUUGUUGGUAUUUUUAUUAGCCGAUAGUGGAUUAUAUGGAUUAAAAAUAGUUACAGCUCUUAAGGCUCAAAAUCCUCGUAUUAUUGAACAUCCUAUGGAUAUGGUGGUGCCUAAAAAUGAUCCUUUUACCUUUAACUGUAAAGCCGAAGGUAGUCCUAAGCCAUCUAUACAAUGGUUUAAGGAUGGUUAUGAAUUGAAAACCGAUUCAGGAUCACAUCGUAUUUUAAUGCCAGCGGGUGAUUUGUUUUUUCUUAAGGUUAUUCAUUCACGGCGUGAAAGUGAUGCCGGCACUUAUUGGUGUCAAGCUAAAAAUGAGUUUGGUGUGGCCAGAUCACGUAAUGCAACACUGCAAGUGGCAUUUUUGCGUGAUGAAUUUCGCUUAGAACCCCAAAAUACCCGCGUAGCUCAAGGUGAGGUAGCCAUUAUGGAAUGUGGACCACCUAGGGGAUCACCUGAACCUCAAGUAUCAUGGCGUAAAAAUGGACAAACUUUAAAUUUAAAUGGCAAUAAAAGAAUACGAGUAGUUGAUGGUGGUAAUUUGGCCAUACAAGAUGUAAGACAAUCCGAUGAUGGACGCUAUCAGUGUGUAGUGAAAAAUGUAGUGGGUACCAGAGAAUCAUCAACAGCUUUUCUAAAAGUACACACCCGUCCAUUUUUAAUACGUGGCCCCCAAAAUCAAACUGCUGUGGUGGGUACCUCAGUGAUAUUUCAAUGUCGCAUUGGUGGUGAUCCAUUGCCGGAUGUCCUGUGGCGUCGUACUGCCUCUGGUGGUAAUAUGCCAUUACGUCGUGUCACCGUUUUGGAAGAUCGUAGCUUAAAGCUCGAUGACAUAACUCUUGAAGAUAUGGGCGAAUAUACUUGUGAAGCUGAUAAUGCAGUGGGUUCUAUAACGGCCACAGGAACUUUAGUAGUUCAUGCUCCUCCCAAAUUUACUUUACGCCCUAAAAAUCAAUUCGUUGAAGUGGGCGAUGAGGUCUUAUUCGAAUGUCAAGCUAGUGGUUAUCCCAAGCCCACCGUCUAUUGGUCUUUGGAGGGUAAUAGCUCUUUACUUUUCCCCGGCUAUAAGGAUAAUCGCAUUGAAGUGACGCUAACACCCGAGGGACGUUCGGUACUUUCCAUAUUCCGUUUUGCACGCGAAGAUUCUGGCAAAGUUAUUGUCUGUAAUGCUCUCAAUGCUGUGGGUAGUGUUAGCAGUCGUAUUGUGGUAACGGUAGAUACUCAAUAUGAAUUGCCACCACCGGUUAUUGAACAGGGUCCUGUUAAUCAAACUUUACCCGUUAAGUCUUUUGUUACCCUACCCUGUCGUACGUUGGGCUCUCCCAUACCUCAAGUGCAGUGGUAUUUGAAUGGUAUACCGGUAGAUGUUAAUGAACAUGAACGUCGCAAUAUGUCCGAAAUGGGUGCAUUGACUAUAGUGGAUUUGGUGAAGGGUGAAGAUGAGGGUUUAUAUACCUGUGUGGCUAGCAAUCGUAAUGGCAAAUCUUCCUGGAGUGGUUAUUUACGUUUGGAUACUCCCACCAAUCCUAAUAUCAAAUUCUUUAGAGCACCUGAGCUCUCGACAUUUCCUGGACCACCUGGUAAACCUCAAGUGGUGGAUAAAACUGAAGAUUCGAUUAGUUUGUCUUGGACACGCAGUAAUAAAGUGGGUGCCUCUAGUUUGGUGGGUUAUGUAGUGGAAAUGUUUGCCAAAAAUGAAACCGAUGGUUGGUUGCAAGUAGCUUCCAGAGUUCAAAAUACCACUUAUACACAAGUGGGUUUAUUGCCGGGUACAAAUUAUUUCUUUUUGAUUAGAGCGGAAAAUACUCAUGGAGUGUCGCUGCCUUCACCCAUAUCGGAGCCCAUCACAGUGGGAACGAAAUACUUUAAUAGUGGCUUAGAUUUGAGUGAAGCUCGUGCCAGUUUAUUGUCGGGAGAUGUAGUAGAACUUAUCAAUGCUAGUGUAGUGGAUUCCACUAGUAUGAAAUUAUCUUGGCAGAUCAUCAAUGGCAAAUAUGUUGAGGGUUUUUAUAUUUACGCACGUCAACUUAUGGAAACUUCAUCUGGCUCUACAGCCAAUACAAAUCCAUUAGUAGCCGCUGCACGUAGCAGUAACAGUAAUACCCGUUCAACAGCUGCCUCUUCAUCCGCAUUGAUUUCAGCUUCAAAACCAAAUAUUGCCAGACGUGAUGGUACGCCCUAUGUGUUAACUUCGACCACCACACCCUCCUCCAUUUUACAAUCGGCCGCUUCAUAUAUUGGUAGUACUUCGUAUCGUAUGUUGACCAUUUUGAAUGGUGGUGGUGCCUCAUCCUGUACCAUGACUGGACUUUUACAAUAUACUUUAUAUGAAUUUUUCAUUGUACCCUUUUAUAAAUCGGUCGAGGGUAAACCAUCAAAUUCACGUGUGGCACGAACUUUAGAAGAUGCACCCAAUGAAGCACCAUUUGGUAUGGAAGCCAUAUUAUUAAAUUCUUCGGCAGUAUUUUUGAAAUGGAAACAGCCAAAUCUUAAACCAGCACAUGGCAUUUUGUUAUACUAUCACAUUGUUGUAAGGGGCAUCGAUACAGCUCAUAACUUUUCACGUAUUCUAACAAAUGUCACAAUUGAUGCUGUUUCACCCACUUUGGUAUUGGCCAAUUUAACCGAAGGUGUUAUGUAUACUGUCAGUGUGGCAGCUGGUAAUAAUGCGGGUGUGGGUCCCUAUUGUGUACCGGCUACUUUAAGAUUAGAUCCGGUUACUAAACGUUUGGAUCCUUUCAUAAAUCAACGUUAUCCCAUAAAUCAAGAUCAUGUCGAUGAUGUGCUUACUCAACCAUGGUUUAUUAUAUUAUUGGGUGCUAUAUUGGCGGUUAUGAUGUUAUCCUUUGGCGCCAUGGUCUUUGUCAAGCGUAAACAUAUGAUGAUGAAACAAUCUGCCUUAAAUACCAUUAGAGGUACUCAUCCGAAUGAUGUUUUAAAAAUGCCCAGUUUAUCACGUAAUGGCAAUGGUUAUUGGUUAGAUGCUUCAACGGGUGGCAUGGUAUGGCGUACACAGCCCAGUGGUGAUACACUCGAUAUGCAAAAGGAUCAAAUUGAUGACUAUGCACCAGUAUGUCUAACAAACAAUACAGCUAAUGGUACAAAUGGCACAAACGAACGUAAUGGCAAUAAUGGCAGCGGGGUAGGGGGACAGCAACAAAGAUAUGUGGGUGAAUAUUCCAAUAUACCCACCGACUAUGCAGAAGUAACAAGUUUUGGCAAAACUGGCAGUGAAUAUGGUAUAGGACGUAAAAAUGCCUCUUCACCGGCACCCUAUGCUACCUCCUCUAUAAUGCAGCAACAACAGCAGCAUAAUACAAAUGGACAACAGCCACGUUAUCAAACUAGACCAGGUUUUAAUGUGCAACAAACACCAGCCUUGGCAAAUGUACAACAGCAGCAAAGACCCAUGCAUCCUCAUUAUCACCAGCAGCAACAGCAGCAACAACAAAAACAGCAAUUACAACAGCAACAACAUAAUGAAAGCAAUAAUAUUUAUCAACAAAUGUCUACCACCAGUGAAAUAUAUCCCACGCAAAUGACCAGCAAUAGAUCAGUGUAUUCUGAACAAUAUUAUUAUCCUAAGGAAAAAAUUCAUAUUACAGAAAAUAAAUUAAGUAAUUGUCAUACCUAUGAAACAGCCGACCAACAACAACAGCAGCAGCAACAACAACAUCAAUUGGGCCAACAAACAUUUGCUCAUAUAGGCACUUUAAGACGCAGUGGCAAUAAUCAACAAAGUAAUCGUUUUAAGGUCAUUAACACUCAGGCACAAAACUAUCAGCUGCAUUUGGCCGACAACCAGCAACAAAAACAACAACAACAACAACAAAAACAAAAUACGCUUAACAAUAAUCAAAACUAUAAUACCCAAGACAUGAUUAGUAAAAAUUUAAUGGACUUAGAUGCUGGUUCUUUCUGUUACAAUGGCAUGGCCGAUUCGGGUUGUGGUGGUUCACCCUCACCCAUGGCCAUGCUAAUGUCGCACGAUGAUGAAAUUGGUGAAGACCAGGCUCUAUAUCAUACAGCCGAUGGUGAUAAUGAAAGUGAUAUGGAACGUUUAUACGUCAAGGUGGAUGAGACACCACAACAGCAACAGCAAUUAAUACCCCUAACACCUCAACAUCUUCCACAACAACUGGCCAAUUCCCAUGCACAUCAAGAAACCAGUAUAACACAAAAUCAAUAUCAUAAUUGGCGUUCACACAAUAAUUCCUCAACACGUUCCAAUACCUCCUCGUCGGCCUCUUCAUCAUAUCAACGUAAUGCCAAUAUGCUUAAUAAUGCCCCAACAAUAAACUCCUCCGCAACAAACCCGCCUAUGGGAAGCUUAGAACAACAACAACUACAACAAACAGCACAAACAUCUUCACUACAAAUGCAUCACUUACAUCCGUUGCAUCAACAACAAGCCAGCAGUGAUUCAGAAAUGAUUUAUGCUCCCGGCGGCAGUAUGGCCAGUGAACGUAGUCUUUUAAGUAAUUCGGGUAGUUCAACGAGCGGUCCCUCUAAUGCACACAAUGUGUGACCCUUCUUCGAUAAGUGCCAAACGACAACUAUUAAAAUGAGUGAAGAUUUAGCCUGCGAAAGCACCAACUCAACAAUAACAACAACUACAGCUACAUCUGCAACAACAGCUAGACAUCAAGAAGAUUAUUAUGCACGUGAGGUUAAGGAGCUGCUAGAGUGGUGCGAACGUUUCAAUAAUGGACAAUUAGAUGAGUUUGAGUGAAAAUGUUGAAAGUAAAUGAUGAUAAUAAUAAACUUUGAUUUGUUUGCUUUUUAAUUGUAAUUGUUUUAAGUUUUAAGACUGAUUUUUAAACCUUCUUUAUUAUUUAAUUUAAUUUUUUUUUUAUUUUCUUUUAAAUAUUUUAAGUUUUUGCUUCCAA